AUGGGUUCAGAAGAAAAUAAAAAAGUAAAUACUACAACUACAUCAUUUGGUAAUAAAAUAUUUUUGGGUGUUGGUGGUGCAUUUGUAGGUACAAUAUUUGGAUAUGCUCUCCAACGUGGUAAUGUUUAUUUACCAUCAGUUAUUCAAGGCCAAAUGAAUUUUUCAAAUUUUACAAUGCUUAAAAUGUUUAUGACUGCUUCACUUACAAGCUCAUUAGCCGUUACAUUUUUAAAUCAUCGUAAACUUAUUACAAUCGAAAGUCUUCCAGUCAUGUAUAAAAGAAAUCUAAUUGGUGGAUUAAUUAUGGGUUCAGGUAUCUAUCUAACCGGUGCAUGUCCAGGUACAGUACUUGCACAAGUACCAGAAAUUAAAGGAACAUUAUUUACAUUAUUAGGUGGUGUUGUUGGUGCAACUUUUUAUGGAUACAUAGAUAAGAUCAUAAAUAAACUUUUCCCUGCCAAAAAUGAUGACAAACCAACACUUUAUCAAAAACUUAAUGUAUCAAUGGCAAAAGUUACCAUUCCAUUUGCUUUGAUGCUCGCAGGUGUUCUCUAUACUAUCGAAUCAUUUUUCCCAUGGCAAAGUGAUAGUGGUGUUUCACCAAAUACCUCAAUUUUAGGCUCAGAUAGUGUUUGGUCUCCAUACCGUGCAGGUCUCACCAUUGGUCUUCUUCAAAUUCCAACUCAUUUAAUUUCAAAGGGAGGUCUUGGAUGUAGCAGUGCAUACGUUACAAUUGGCUCAAAAGUCUGCAAUGCCUUUAGUUGUACUGUCGAUUAUUUUAAAAAGUUUAAUUCUGGAUCAAAAGCAUAUUUUGGACCAUUAUUAAAUGCUGGUAUUAUUUUUGGUGCCUAUUUGUCAUCAUUAUCCAAUCCAGCACCACCUCUCGAUGCUGCUGGUGGUUCACAAACCUAUUUAACACAUUUCUUGGGUGGUUUUAUUUUAUUAAUUGGUGCCAGAAUUGCUAAUGGUUGCACAUCAGGUCAUGGCUUAAACUCAAUGGCUAAAAUGGAACUAGGCUCAUUUAUUGCUGUAGCAAGUUUAUUUGGUGGUGGUAUUUUAACUUCAUUUUUAUUAAAUAGAAAAUAGUUAACUUAAAAAAAUAAAAAACAAAAUAAAAAAUAAAAAAUAAAAAAUAAAAAAUAUAAAAUAUAAAAUAAAAAUUAAACAAAGUAAAUUAAUGUGAG